AUGAAUAAGUCGUAUAAAUUACAUGUUCCCGCUAAAAAACUGAAACUCCCAACCCCUCAUCACCGGAUUUCCCGCAGGUUUUGGCAAACCAGCUGGACAGCCAAGCACCGCCUGGCCGCAAUCCCGCGCCACGUGCUCCGGGAUGACCCUGCUGGAGCGGGGCGGCAGGACCAGACCCCCGCCCUGCUCCCUCCCAGCCUGUCCCGCUCGGUGACUGCGACCCGCAGGAGCCGCCAGCGCCCACGGCCCCCGCCGCGACCCCGCACGGGCGGAGGGACCCCGGCCGCGGCGGGGCCCGGGCACGGCACACGGGAGGUUUAUUCCGCUGCACGAAUCGCCAGCGAGAGCUGUGCAAAGUGCCUUCUCCAAGGUGAUGAAGGUUUCUCGCCCUGUGCGCAGAGCCCCCGCUCCCAUUGUCUUCAGCGCGACUGGAAGGCAAUUUACGCGUUGGAAGGAACUCUCGGUACCUUCCAGGAGUUAAAUGUAAGGGAGUCUGAUGUAAGAGUGUGUGAUGAAUCGUCGUGUAAAUACGGAGGAGUGUGCAAGGAAGAGGGAGAUGGCUUGAAAUGUGCGUGUCAGUUCCAGUGUCACACAAACUAUAUUCCAGUUUGUGGAUCAAAUGGAGACACUUACCAAAAUGAAUGCUUCCUCAGGAGAGCUGCUUGCAAGCACCAGAAAGAGAUAACAAUGGUAUCAAGAGGACCUUGUUAUUCUGAUAAUGGCUCUGGGUCAGGAGAAGGAGAGUAUGAAGGAUCCGGGACAGAAGUUCAGAGAAAACACUCAAAAUGUGGAGUUUGCAAAUAUAGGGCUGAGUGUGAUGAAGAUGCAGAGAAUGUUGGGUGUGUAUGUAAUAUAGACUGCAGUGGAUACAGUUUUAAUCCUGUAUGUGCAUCUGAUGGAAGUUCCUAUAACAAUCCCUGCUUUGUCAGAGAGGCAUCAUGUCUGAGGCAAGAGCAGAUUGACAUCAGGCACCUCGGACACUGCUCAGAAACAGAUGACACAAAUGCAGUUGGAAAGAAAGAUGAUGGCAUGCAGUAUCGACCAGAAGUGAAAGAUGCCAGUGAUCAAAGAGAAGACAUUUACAUUGGAAACCACAUACCUUGUUCAGAAAGCUUCAAUGGUUACUGUAUACAUGGAAAAUGUGAAUUCAUUUAUUCCACUCAGAAGGCUUCCUGCAGGUGUGAAUCAGGAUAUACUGGACAGCACUGUGAAAAGACAGACUUUAGUAUUCUUUAUGUUGUCCCAAGUAGACAAAAGCUUACUCAUGUCCUCAUUGCAGCAAUAAUUGGAGCUGUACAGAUUGCCAUUAUAGUUGCAAUUGUCAUGUGCAUAACCAGAAAAUGCCCCAAAAACAAUAGAGGACGUCGGCAGAAGCAAAACCUAGGCCAUUUUACUUCAGAUACAUCAUCCAGAAUGGUUUAACUUAGUGCUUUUUAUACCUACAUUGGCCAUGUGAUGUACAUUUUUAUUAUAUCUUUUUUUAAAGAAUGGAAAUAUUUAUUUCA